GACUGUUUUCAAUACGAGUUUCCUCCUCAUCUGCAAAUCUAAUUCUGCAUUCCAACGAGAAAAAAAAGUGAAAAAUUGUAAACAAGGUUUCGAACACCGGAAAAGAAGGAAGAAUUUACUGUUCAAGUUUGAAAGAGAUUAAAGGAAAAUCAAAAAUUAAGAAAAUGUCUGCUGCUAUCGCCACACCUGCGCCAACUCCAAUGGCCGUCGCUCCAAAGAAGGCAAAGUCCCCCAAGAAGACCGGAGCCAAGAAACCGGCCGCUGCCUCCACCCACCCCGCGUGGGCCGACAUGAUCACCGCCGCGGUCAAGGCGCUCGGAGAGAAAGGAGGUUCCUCCGUCUCCGCCAUCAAAAAGUACAUGAUCGCGAAUUACAAGAUCGACGCCGAGAAGGCGGGUCCAUUCAUGAAACGUGGAAUCAAGGCGGCCAUCGCGGGCGGAUCACUCGUCCAGGCCAAGGGCAAAGGACUCACCGGCUCCUUCAAGCUCGGAGCUGGCAAACCCAUCAAGAAGGCCAAGACGGCCAGCAAGAAGAGCAAAUUGGCCACAAAGAAGCCUGCUGGUGAGAAGAAAGCCAAGAAAUCCGCCUCCCCCAAAAAGGCCGGUGCCAAGAAGGCUGCCACCAAGAAAACCACCAAGGCUGCUGCCCCCACCACCGCUGCACCUGCUGAUGCUCCAGCUGCGACCACCGCCGCCGCACCAGCAGCCAAGAAGGCCGCACCCGCCAAGAAAUCGGUCAAGUCCCCCAAGAAGGCAAAAUCGCCAAAGAAGAAAGCUGCAGCCCCCAAGGCGAAGAAGGCCGCGACUCCCAAAAAGGCCAAGGCUUUGAAGAAGAAGGCAGCACCCAAACCAAAAGCGCCCAAGCCAAAGAAGGCUAAAGCUCCAGCUAAACCAAAGGCAGCUGCGGCCAAGGCGUAAAUUAAGCUGUCCACAGAAAGAAAACGAUAUCCAUCGCUUAUCCAUUUCACGCGAGGGGAUGAUAUCUUCAAUAUUUUGUUAAAACAUAAUUGUACAUAUUAGAUUAGAUUGGAAUAGCGUAAGUAGAAAUUAGAGAACAAUGAUCUCAUUGAAAUCAUCUCAAUAAUCGAAUUAAGAAAUUUUACUUAAUUCUUCUCUCUUUUUCUCUCUUCCACGUUUUUCUGGGAAUAUUGUCUCCCAUUUUUUUAUGAAAAAAGUUAGUACAAUUCUGACAAAUGAAUUUUCUAUCCCCCUGCGACAAACUUAUUCCCAGAAAAACAUGUAAGAUGGAUUUAUCUAUAUUUAAAUAUUUAAUCCAAGUAUUCCUGUAAAUAUUUAAUUAUCCAAUCAACUUAUAAGUUAACUAAUGAGAAAUAAUUAAUUACUUGUUACUCAUUGUUAUCAGUCAAACUCUGCUUUACUAGAAUGACGAUGAAAAUAGAAAAGUCUCUAUUUUUAAAAUAAAAAUGGCUUUAAACAAGUUAACAAACAUU